UGAUGCAGUGUGGGUUUGCAUUUGUGGAGGCCAGCUGUGUGAGGUGUAAGAAUGCUGGCAAUGCUUUACUGAAGAACAUUCUCGACACAUCUGUUACGGUCAUAGCCUAUUGGACAUGUGGAUUUGCAUUGGCAUUUGGCAAGGGAAAUAGUUUCAUUGGCUGGCAUGCCUACUGGGCAUCUUCGGACAUUGAAGGCGAUUACAUGGCAUUCUUCUUUUUCGAGUUUGUCUUUGCUGCCACAGCAGCCACUCUUGUAUCCGGAGCUCUGAGUGAGAGAUGUGACUUCAUUGCUUACUUCAUCUAUAGUUUUAUCAUCACAGCUUUCAUCUAUCCACCCGUCACACACUGGGCAUGGACUAAUGAGGGCUGGCUUAAAGCUGGAUUGAUGUAUGAAAUUAAUGGUGUCCAGGAGGUGGUAGGAUUCCAUGAUUUUUCGGGCAGUGGAGCAGUUCAUCUUGUGGGUGGAACAGCAGCUCUGGUAGGAGCUAUUGUCCUGGGACCUCGUAUUGGAAGGUUUCACCCAGAAACUGGAGCAGACAUGAUGCUCAAAGGUCAUUCAAUGCCAUUUGCAGCUCUUGGUGCUUUCCUUCUGAUGGUUGGAUUCCUGGCCUUCAAUGGAGCCUCACAGCUGACAAUGACCAAACCCGGGGACAAUGUCAUUAUUGCUCUAGCCAUUACCAACACCAUUAUUGCAGGAAGUAUGUCUGCUUUUAGCGCUCUGGUGGUUAGAAGGUUUAUGGGUCGUAACUGGAGUGUUAUCUACACAGUGAAUGGUUGUGUCAGUGGCAUGGUUGCAAUCUGUGGAGGCUGUGAUGUGUUCCGACCCUGGGGAGCAUGCAUUGUGGGGCUGGUUGCUGGCAUCUGCUUCAACUUCACUUCCUGGUGGGUGGCCAAGUUGAAAAUUGAUGAUCCAGUUGAUGCAGUCGCAGUGCACUUCAGUGGAGGAAUCUGGGGUGUCAUUUCUGUUGCCUUCCUGAGUUACCCUAAUGGAAUUCUUAUUGCCUGGGACAAAAGAUCUGGACUUAUGUUGGCUUGGCAGUUGGUCGGUCUCUGUGCUGUCAUUCUGUGGACAGCAACUCUGUCAGCAAUUAUGUUUGGUUCUAUGAAAGGCUUGGGCAUGUUCAGAGUCUCAGAGGAAGUGGAACUGAAAG